GGAUAUGAUGCUAUUUACAUUCAUCCAUCAACACACGAACUAGCGUUGUUGGCAGCUGGAUCAACGGUUGAACUUGUUGAUGCAAUACUUGAUGGAAAGUUUAAACAUGGUUUUAUAAACCACAAGGGCACCAUGCCAUGAAAAGUGAAUACUGUGGCUAUUGUUUUUUCAACAAUGUGGCAGUUGCAGCCCAGCAUGCAUUAGACAACAAAGGUGUUAAUAGAAUUCUGAUUGUUGAUUGGGAUGUCCAUCAUGGGCAGGCAACCCAACAAAUGUUCUAUGAUGGCCCCAGAGUCCUGUACUUUUCGGUUCAUCGUUACGAGCACGGCGCUUUUUGGCCCAAUCUUCGUGAAAGCGAUUUUCACUAUAUAGGAAGUGGGGCCGGCAAAGGCUUCAACGUGAACGUGCCAUUGAAUCAAACUAAAAUGGGUAACGCGGACUAUCUGGCCAUUUGGCACCAGCUGCUAUUGCCUCUGGCUUAUGAAUUUCAACCAGAUUUGAUAAUAAUAUCAGCUGGUUAUGACGCCGCCUUGGAUUGUUUUGAGGGAGAAAUGGAAAUCACGCCUGCAUGCUAUUCCCAUUUGACGUCGUCGCUGAUGGGAUUGGCCCAGGGAAAGCUCGCUGUAGUUCUUGAGGGAGGAUACUGUUUAAAAUCUUUGGCUGAGGGAGCUGCUGUGACUUUACGAACUCUGCUUGGCGAUCCUUGUCCAAGCAUCUCGAAAAUCGAUGAGCCUUCACUUAGCAUUCAGGAGAGUAUCCUGAGUGCCAUUUAUGUACUUCGCCCAUUUCGGAAAUGUCUACAGUUUCAGGGUCGUUUUGAUGUUUCAAAAGUGGGCAGCAAAAAGGAAGGAACGUACUUUGUUCCCACUGUUACGUUCGAGGGAAGUGAUAUCAAACCGACAACUUUUGCAACUCGAAAUUGUUACCCAGUUCAAAAUCGCGAGACGAUUGAUCAGCUGGAUCAAAGACUCGACCAGCUCAUCAAAGAAACGAGCCUGGCAGUGCCGAAACAUCGGCUGUGUUUUGUUUACGAUGAGAGAAUGGCUUCACAUCGUAAUGUCAACGAACCUUAAGGAAAACAUUCAAUUCUAAUAAAUGCCAUCCCCGAUUUAAUUAAACUCUUUCCAAAUAUUUCCAUAGGGGUCACCCAGAACGACCUGCUCGAAUAACUUCCAUUUACCAAAAGCUAUUAGAAUACGGAGUGCUGGAUCGUUGUCAUCGGCUGGAUGCUCGAGAUGCCACUCGAGAAGAAUUACUGUGGU